AUGUCGUACGAAGCCGACAUCAAAGAACCGCCCGCAAAAAAAAGACCAUUUCUGACGAUAGAGAAAGCCGUCUUCAUAACACUCUGCCUAGAGAACUUUUAUCCUUUCUAUAUCCACACACAUAUACCACUUUUAAUCAUCAUACGAAAUCCACGAAAUCAUGAGCGGUUGGGAAA